AUGCAUCUGGGAUCAAACUUUGCCUGCUCUAUUCUUCUUGACGCACGCCAUCAGAUGACUCUCGCUGAGCCUAAUCAAUAUUCUCCAAGGCCCAUAGAGUUGUAUAUCUUAUACGUGGUCAGAACUAUAACAAUCAUGGAGCGAUCCAUCAUGUGGCUGCUAAAGAUCUACGCUGCAGAUGAUAUAACGCCUGGUGGCAUGCGCGCUAAGCUGCCAAAUUGGUGUGAUAAAAAAUGGCCAACUUGCACACCAUGCUAUCGCGUUGAUGCCGUCUGCUCCGGACCACCGACCGAGGCCAAGUUUGUCCACAAUGGUAUCCAUGCCACCAAAGGAGUAGACUGUGAUGCAUCAGCUACAUCUGCAAGCCUACAGGUGUCGUCCAGUGCUCCAUCUCACGCCAUUGUCGCCAUCAAGUCUCGAGAUAUACCCGGCGGGGCGACCUACAGCGUGCUGCGUCUAUCACAAGAGCCACGACCCAAUCUCACAACUGUGGCAGAUCGUCUGGCUGCAACUCUCGUCAGACAUCUCGAAAAUGGCCCGGAUAAUGCAUUCCUGCUGACUGCGGGCCACAUCAAAUUUCUGCCCGCUCGUGUUGGAGCAAGCUCUGCGCUACGUGACUGCGUUGCCCUGCUUUGUUCCACAUGGAACAACUUCCGACGGGCUCUACCAGUUGAACAAUUAAUAAAUCCUGAUGUUUAUGGAAAGGCGCUGCGCAGCCUCCAAAUUGCUCUCAAUGAUGAAUGCCGGCAGCUUAGCACUGAGACGCUGGCCGCAGUCACCAUCUUGGAACGAGUCGAGAUUCUAUUCGACGCGAGGCGGCCCCGCCAUAGAGCAUUGCAUGGGCAAGGGAUGUACGGGUUGAUGCUCCAGAGAGGACCACCAAGACUCAGCGACGAGCUGGAUACAUGCUUGGCAUUUGAUAAUCUGGGGCCAUUGCUAGCACUCUCACUUGUCGAAGGAAGGCAAGUCUUUUAUCUUACACCACAGUGGAGAGAAAGGAUGGAUGAAGCACUGAGAAACACUUUGGAUGUUCCUAGUGAACGUCUAGAUGCGUAUGCUCUAGAUCUGCAUAGCAGUUAUUGGCCAUCGCUAGUGCAUCAACUUAGGCUCGUACACAACAAUCCUAGAGCAAUUUCCAUAAGAAAGAGCGCUGCUUCUCUGUGUGGGCGAGUUGUAAAGCUUGUCCCACAGCUCAGGAUGCUAGGUGAAAGCAUAGUCGCAAAGAUGCGCAGACUGGGUAACAUUGUUGAAUUGCCAGACAGUGAAUCUCCCUUCGGCAUGAAGUAUCAUUUUGAGAACAUGGAGUCCGCACAGUGUUGGAUAACAUAUAAAAUGCUCUCUAUUGUCCUGAACAGAAUUCUCCGCGCCUUGGCUAUCAUUCUAAAUGAUCCAAUUGCUCUCUUGGACGAUGAGCACACGACAUUGUCUCGGGACAUCUGCAUGUGUGUGGCAUACAUUGGUACAUUAGGUACAUUGCCUGCUAUUUCGGCUCAACCGCCGUUGUUCAUGGCUUACGAAGGAGUCAAUGAGACUGAGAGAGCCUAUUUACGAAAUUUUAUUCGACAGUCUGACAGAUUCAAGAGAAGAUUGCCGCAAAGCGAGUCGGCAUUGGAAAACUUUGCGCUCAACACAGCCUAUGCACUCACAGGACGAGAAAAUUUCUUUUAA